AAAGUGAGUUCAAGGGUCCUAAUUCUACUGUAGCCAUCUCCAUCACCUACCUUCGUCCAGACUCGAACGAGCAUCGAAACUUAAAGAAAAGAUUUUGAGCCUCUUCUAAACCAAGUUUUUCCGACCAUGGCUUCCUCAUCCGCAUCUCGUGCAUCCAACUAUGAUGUCUUCCUCAGUUUCCGAGGGGAAGACACUCGACAUUCUAUCGUCAGCCAUUUGUACGCAGCUCUUGCUAGCAGAGGAAUUGCUACCUUCAAAGACGACAAAAGGCUUGAGCUAGGCGACCACAUUUCUGAAGAACUCCACAGAGCAAUUGAAGGUUCGGAUUUCGUUGUCGUGGUUCUCUCAGAGAACUACCCUACUUCCAGGUGGUGCUUAAUGGAGCUCCAAAUGAUAAUGAAGCUUCAGGUGGAAGGAAGAAUUGGUGUCUUUCCCGUCUUCUAUAGAGUAGACCCCUCUGACGUGAGGCACCAGCAAGGAAGUUUCGAUCUAGAAGGGUACGAACGUGAUCCACAAAUGGCAGAUAAGGUUCCCAAGUGGAGAGAAGCUCUUAAAAUGAUAGCCGAUCUUUCAGGCGUGGCAUCUGGACAGUGGUAUGUAUGUUUCCUCAAAGAAACCUGA